UCUGUGAAUCAGUAUUAUAAUAAUUAUUUCUCUUGUUUGCAGAUUGAUCGUUUAAUGGAAUUACAUUUUAAAUAUUUGGAGAAAGUACAUCAUGUUGACAAUCAAAUUGAGAAAGAGAAAGCAGAAUAUCGUUAUAAUGACGAGGAAGUCAAUUCUAUGAUGGAAGAUGAAUUCUACUUAAGAAGAUUAGAAGGUGGUCUGUUUACUUUACAGUUAAUUGAUUACAUUAUGCUAGAUACAUGCAGCUCUGGACCCUCUUCGAUAAAACAGAGAGUUCUUCAAAUUCUUAAUUUGCGUGGUGGAUCUAUAAAAACAAUUCGUAAUGUCAUGAGAGAAUAUGCUGGCAAUUUGGGUGAUGCGAAAGAUUCAGCUGCAAGAGAAGCAGAGCAGCAGCGCAUUUUGCAAUUAGUGGAUCGUUUCUAAUUGUUUAAAGACAUUUUUUAAUCAAUCACCUUACACCAUUUCAUUCUUCACUCUGUCCAUUUGUAAUUUAUUCAUUUGGAAUAAUCAUCAACAUAUUUUAUUAAUAAAAUGCAUUCUUAUUCUUGA